AAAAUUUUUUUCGACAAUAUAGUACCAUCUUUUUGAAUAGUGCUAUGAUUUCCGGAACAGUGAAACAUGUUAUUCAUUGUGUUUGCCUUAUUGGUCUCAUAGUAUUAAGUCAAAUGUUUAUGGUCGUACCAGAUAAUUUUACUGAAGACUGGACAGAAUGUGAUACUGCUAGGUUGAUAAUAUUUUGGAUUGCAAAGUUGGCUACGUUUGGCACUAUUCCACAACUAUCUUUUAUAUUCUUAGGUAUGCUACUGUAUAAUUCUUUUUCGGAAAAUGUAGCACCAAAAGGACCAUUUCCAUUGGCACCGUUUAUAUGCUUUCGAGUUGUGACACGAGGCGACUUUCCUCAAUUAGUACAAAACACUGUCAAACGAAAUCUCGAAACAUGUCUUUCGGCAGGCCUUAAAUCUUUUUGCUUUGAUAUUGUUACGGAUAAGUUAAUUAACAUUACGCCAAGUGGGCAGGUAAGAGAAACGGUAGUACCAUCUACAUAUAAAACAAAAACUGGCGUUUUAUAUAAGGGAAGAGCUUUGCAAUACUGUCUGGAACAGGAUGUAAAUUUUUUGGAAGAUGAUACUUGGAUUGUUCACUUAGAUGAAGAGACAGUAUUAACGGAAAGUUCUAUUAAUGGGAUUGUAGCGUUUGUAAUGAAUGGAAAACAUAAGUUUGGACAAGGAACUAUAACGUACGCAAAUGAACAAAUUGUAAGUUUGGCAUGCACCUUAAUGGAUUGCGCAAUAAGAGUUGCAGAUGAUUUAGGUAAACUGAAAUUUCAGUUGAAAUUUUUUCACAAGAUGCUAUUCUCCUGGAAAGGAUCAUUUAUGGUAGCACAGGCAGGAGCUGAGAGAAAUGUAGGAUUUGACCACGGAGUUGAAAGUUCAUUAUCUGAAGACUAUUUUUUCGGAACACAAGCUCUUAUUAGAGGCUACAGCUUUGAUUUUAUAGAAGGUGAAAUGUGGGAAAAAUCACCUUUUACUUUUAGGGACUAUAUAAAACAAAGAGCUCGUUGGCUACAAGGAACAUAUCAAUACGCAACAUCAAACCGAAUUCCAGGAAGAUACAAAAUCCUUGCAUAUAUUGUGUUUAGCGUCUGGGUAUCUGUACCGAUUUUAGGUAUAAACGGGAUUCUCACGUCGUUUAUGCUUACUCCAUAUUACCCAGUUUGUGAAAGAAGUAGUUUGUUAUUAUAUAUAAUCCUCCUAUACUUUUACUUCUUCGGCAUCUUACAUUCAUUUAAGAAAUUUGGUUUUAUGAGAAUCAUUUUAUAUUUUGCAAGUUUUAUAAUUAUGCUACCAAUUUUUCUUGUUCUUGAUAGUCUGGCUGUAUUUAAGGUCCUUUUUAUAAGCACAAACACAUUUCAAAUUGUAGAUAAAAGUUUAGAACAGACAAAAGCUAACAUUGUAUGACAAUAGUAUAUAUAAUAAAUAUAUGUAACUGC